UUCAGCGUCAACAGGGCAAGGCCUCGUCGUUGUCAAGUGGACUUAUACUGCAUCCAAGUCGGCCUUCAAAUGUCUAGAACAGCAAAACCGACGCGUGCAAACUCCGCACACACAUACGACAAGUGCGCUCCGCUAGUGCUGCUCUUGUGGCGAUGGGACCCAGUCACGUACCUCGGCCGAGGGCCUAAUUGAAUCGGCGUAGUUUUCUCGGCAAUGUGCCAGGUGCGACAGACCCGGUGAAGAUCGCACUGACGAGGAGGCUCCCUCGAGCAAAACAGUCGAAUCGACUGUAGCUGAAUCAGGACUCGUCCGCGGGGCAGUCUAACAGCGUCUCACACAAGUGCCUGGUCUCAAAAGUUAUUUUGAAUUCCUGCAUGGAGGAAUGGACGACUGAUUGCGGGAAUCGAGUGACGGGAAAUUCGAAUCAAGUUUGCUUGUUCCAUUUGAGCAGGAGCAUUCAAAAACGUGAACAGCUGGCGUUUUAAACAAAAUCAAAACUCAACGUCUAACUCACCCAAGAAGGACUGAAGUUAAGGAUCUGUUUCAGUUAACGAUUGGAAAUGUCAUUCUAAUUCUUCCGAGGUUUCAUCCGACGAUCUGCAGUCACAACUGAUCGUCGGAAUCUGAAUCAGAUCUCUUGCCCUUUCUUUAAACGGCUGGUAGAUUUUGAGAAAUAUUUUGUCGUCAUCUUUGGACCUGUGGUCACAGCUUUUCGAGACAUGGCGUACGAGGUGUCCCCCAUAUUCAUCGUGCAGGGCAUCGUGGGAGUGUUGGGCAUGCUGGGCAACGCCCUGGUUUGCUUGGUCAUCUGGCAGGACCGCGCCAUGCACACCUUGACCAACGCCUUCAUCUUCAACCAAGCCACCGUCGACUUUCUCGGCUCCAUCGUGAUGCUGCUCAGCAGCGUCGUCCCCAUAUCCAGGCCCCUGCCUGGCGGCGUGGCCGGCCUGCUCCUCUGCAAGAUCUGGAUCUCAAACUAUUUCCUCUGGGCCUUCUACGUCGUCUCCUCCUUCAACUUGGUGGCCCUCACCUUCGAGAGGUACCUGGCCAUCGUUUACCCCUUCAAGUUUCAGACCAUCUGCAGCCGUGUCGGAGCCGCGGUCGCCAUAACCUGCGUCUGGUUGGCCGGCUUGGCGGUGGCCGUUUAUGCCACGGAGCUCUACCGAUUCGAUGUAGACCACUGUCAUCGCUAUUUCGACUUCAAACUGCGAGUCAUCGGUGUCCUGGUGCCCGGCCUGCAGUUUUUCAUCCCGGUCGCCUCCAUGCUCUUCGCCUACACCCACAUCAUGGUGGAGCUCAAGCGCAGCGCUCGCCGACACGCCAACAUUAGCGUCGUCUCUGGGCCAUCCAACCAUGCCAACCCGGUCCACGAGUCGGCUGACGAGUCCCUCUUGCGGGCCCGCCGCAACACCUUCAAGACCCUGGUGAUGGUCUUUGCGGCCUUCGUCUGUUGCUGGUCCCUCAACGCCUCCCUCCUUCUCAGCGCCAACCUGGGCGCCCCCUUCGACGAUGCCUCCCCCCAGUACAUCAUCUCAGUGGCUCUGGUGGCAGCGAACUCUGCUGUCAACCCGCUCAUCUAUGCCUUCAAGUAUAAGCAGUUCCAGGCCGGCUUCAAGAAGUUGUUCUGUCGUGGACGCGGAGGCGCGACAGUUCAGCCCGAAACCAGUUUAAACUCAGUAAAUACCAGAGCUACAGAAGUGACUGUCGGUGUCUGAGAAGACACUGAACUUGAACAUCUUGAACUGAACAUAAACUUCAACGGGUAAGGCAUUGGCAGUGUACGUUUUUAAAGUGGAACCGUCAAUGUAAAGUUGGAACUCGUUGUUUAUCAAGUUUAAAAAUAUAUCUGCAUAUCAGAUUUUUCAUCCCAUAAAAAAGGUGAACCAGAGACAUGAAAUGCUGUGAAAAACAGCCAAAGCAACCUGCUGGGCUGGGCUGGUAUCUAUCAUUGCUUUGACCAAUGAUAGAGAAACUAGGAACCAGUCUAUUGAGACUGUUGUGCAGUAUGGCAUUGUGUGCUCUCGUGACGGGGACUUUCCACGUCCAGCAUUGAUCUCUCUGAGUCCGCAGCCAAGGUUGAAUCAGCACAAACACAGCGACAGCGUUGUUUAUUGUGCCCCAAAGUAGUAAAGUGAAACAUGAAACUAUUCUGCAACUUCAACUGACAUGCUUCAAAUGUAACUUAGUAUUGUCACACAAGUUGUGAUUAACUUUGUGUCCUGUAAUAUAAUAUUUUAGGUUAACGAUGGUAUUGUUGGAAUUCCUUGGUGGCAACCGUGUCACUUCGUGAAAACAGUGACAAAAUAAUACUUCACGUUAUGAUGAAUGCUCUUAUUGGAAGAGCCACAGCCACAAUUGCUUAUUCAAACAGCCAACCAAGUAUGCCGAACCAGUCUACAAUGGUACUUUAAAACAACAGUGAGGAUGACCAAUAGCUUUUGUUAUGUUCAAAAAUCUUUCUGCCUACUUCUUAAAGGGUAGCCGCAAUGGCUCUAUCUUAGAUCCAGGUUUUCUGCAACUUUGUACUAUUAUUCAAUGUGUGAACAUUCUUUGACACUGCUGUUUAGUUAAAUGUAGAGAAAAGCGCACUUUUUAAACAUUUAAAAUAUCCACGCUUUCCUGGACAACUGAGGGCGCUGUCGCUGUGAUGUCAUCUAGGGAAUACAUAGUUCAUUGCACAGGUUUUUGUAAUAAACAUGUGAACCCAGAAUAUUCUCACUGAAAAUAUUUCUUAGAAAAACACUGGUACUCACUUAUUGCUAUGAAAGUAAACAACAACGAAGAGGCAAAGAACAGAAAAUUUAGUCCAGUCAAAUCUACAAAAUGCAUCACUUUUUUCAUCAUGGAAUGGCAUCACAGUUUUGCUCAUAAAUAUGGAAAUCUCAUAAGCAUAAAACCAACAGCGCAGCAAAAUACCCCAUGAAAUAGUGAGACAAAAGUUGGCAAUUGGGUUAAAUGAGACACAGGUGCAUUUUGAGGGUUUGUAGUAUUGCAUUAUAACAAAUUGAUUUUGUUACCCUGUAUGAAAACUCCAUUUUAAGAAACGAGGGUUCGAUUUCAGACCAGCAGUAAUCGCUACAAAUAUUUGGUACGCACGCACAAACUGUGAGAGUUUUCGAAAAUAGCGGGGGCUUGGAAGCGACUGACAUGUUCGCAUGCACAAACCCACUUAAUUGUCAAAUAUCUGUUAUUUUCUUGAUGACACUACAUCGCUGUAACCGCACAUCCACUUUCGGUCAAAGUGAACUUUCUUUUAGGCACGGAUGUGCUUAGAUGAUGAAUGUAUUUUGAUUUACAAACGAUUACUUCUUAACCAGUGACACAAGUGUAACCAAGAGGUCAGACGAGAGGAAAAUGUUUUAGGAGCAUGACAUAAAUCAACUACGCCACUUGUACUUCAGUGGGUUUGAAACCAGUAAAAGAAUAAAGAAAACAGGAAUGUUGUGGCACGUACGAACACUAUUGCCUAUUAGAUAUCUUAUUUAAAAGUUUGUACAAAGCUGGGUGGCUUAUUUGACUUAUAUAUAAUAAAGAAAACGACAGUCAAUUCUUUUGACCUGUAAUAGAUGCUCACAAGAAAAGAAGUUAAUUAUUCGAUAUACAAACGAUUUGCAUUCACAUUUUACUAUCAGUUUAAGUCCAUUUUACAACCAAGUCCACAGCGUUUGAAGUAUUUUCCAAGAUACCAACAGGUUGCUUAUGCUACAGAUUCAUAUAGAUAAUCAGAAGUUGGUGGGAUUCGGCAACUUCGCGACUCGGUUGUAAUUUUAACACUUUCGAAGCAAUGUACAGUAUAACGGAUUUCACCAAAUAUGCGUCAAAUCAGUGUAAGCUAAGAUCACCGACAAAUUACACUCCCUUUCCCCAAUGUAAUUUUCAUUCUCAGAUUUUUUUCUGGGAUUCUCCUUUAUUGUUCACUGUGUCCUUUUAAACAUCCAUGCUAUCAAUUUAUAAAAUAAGAAAUACAGAUUAAAAUUUCAAUAAUACUAAAAACCUACUAGCCUUGGCCUAAUAUGACUAAUUGGUCCCAUUUCUUGUGAAAUUUGGAGCUAGUUCAAGUUCCAUAAAACAUGAAUUUUUCCAUCAAAUAAAUAAAAUCCUUUUUUAAGACAGAAAUUGAGGGUCGUUUUUUAUUCAUUUUCAUUUUAUACACAUGGAAUCUACAGAUGAACAAUAUUAAAGUAACCACUUUACCAUGACGUGUAACAUUGGUGUUGCUAAAUGAAAAGACGUUAUUGUCCCUCGCAAUAGACGGAUUGGUCUUCUCUUUAAUCCAUAGAAAUACCGAGGACCAAAAAAAGAUAGAGUAGGUACACGAGCAAAAAAGAUGAACAAGUGUCUCCUCUUCCUCGUUACAGAAUGUACAAAGAUUGGUGUCUGCCUUACCAAUCUUAGACAACAAUAAAUUAGUUCCCAGGAUCCGGUGUAUUAAUAUAAAUUGGAACCAACGUAGUUUAGUGUCAACUGUUCAAGUAUUUAAAAUUAAAGACCACUUCGAAAAAUCAAAAUCUAUAUUCAGUUUAACAUUCCACUUAUCUAUGAAUUUUCUUGGCACACGUUUAGAAGACACUAAAACAUCAUAGAUCCCUCGUGAUCCUUUCUGGUCCUUUAAGAGCGCUUGAAGUUGAACGGCAAAAAUGGGAAGUAAAUAACUGAACUGUCUGACAUGAAUUCUCUAAAAGACAACUUAAUUGCUCUCAACACUCCACCGUACUCUAAAAAGUUGGUGUUGACAUCAAAUACAUUCUUAAACUCAUCCAGAGAAACAAAAAUGCCAUUCUCAUUUAUUAAAUCACCAAUAAACUUAACACCUUUACUCAACCAAUGUUUGUAAUAAAUACAUCUGCCAUUAAUCUUAAUUUUAUCAUUGAACCAAAGAGAACUCCUCCAUACCUCCGCUUUCGUUGUAGGCAAAUGGGCCCGAGUAAAGUUAGACCAUGCUGUAAACACAUCGAACUAAAAGGCGUUACGAACUAUCCAGGCACCAAUCGAUUUAAUUGAACCACCUUCCACUAAGGACAAUCGGGAGAUAUCAAAAAUACAGUUGCACAAAGUAGACCUACCUGAGGGCUGAGCUUUAAGGAGUCUACGUAACCGGGUAACUUUCAGAGCUUCUAAAUAAAGCCGAACGUCAACCAUUUGCAACCCAACCUGACCACAAUCUUGGAUAAUUUGGUUUCUGGCCACUCAGUCGUGUCUUUUCCAAAUAAAAUUAAAAACCAGACUAUUUAACUCCUUAAUCAUAUCACAGGGAGGAUCAGGAAGGGUUAACACAAGGUAGAUAAGUUUUGACACAAGUAAUGAUUUAACUAAAGCAAUUCUGCCCAACACUGUUAAAUGUCUCUUUGACCAAUUAAAAAUUUGGCCACGUUACGUCGGGAUAAUCCUAUUGUAAUUCAGCGAAAUCAUAGAGUUAAGAUCAGUGGAGAAGUCAAUACCAAGAGUUCUAAAAGGUUGCUUAGCCGCGACCCAGUUCGCGUUGAUCUCUUCACAAAGCUUAUCCUCACUAUCUUUCAUUGAACCAACCCAAAUGGCAUUCGUCUUCUCAACGUUAAUCUUUAAACCAGACAUAUCAGCAAAUUGGUCAAGAAUUCUGAAAGCAGCCUGCAUUGACUUCGCUGAGCCAUUCGCGAACAAAACCGUGUCGUCAGCAUACUGGGAUGUUCGAAAUUCCCUUCCCUCAACCGCAAUGCCUUGAAGAUCUUUAUCGAUCUUUAUUCUCAGAUUUUAAGAAGAAAUUGUACACACAGUGUAUAAUACAUCAAACCUACCAACAGCGUACAGCUGGUUAUAUGAAGAAAUUGCUACACUGUUAUUAUGUUGUGUGAGGGACCCACAGGGUGGCUGUAAAAAUACAAGGAAAUAACAGAGGGAUUUCACAUUAGCGCCGUCUGCGCAUAUCUGCAUCGAAACCGAGGCUCUCUGUGUUGAACUUUAACGUUAACUUUAUCAUUUAAUGAUGUCUCCCUGAGGUCGCAAAAUUUAUCUCCCUAAUCAUUAGGGAGACAUGCCCCAGCUACCAGAAGGAGGCCGAAUAUCUUUGACGUCAUGCCGCCCACGAGAAUUCAUAAUUUUUAUAUUAUGAUGUAUUUUACAUUUACUCAACAAUAAAGAUCAACAGUAAUACUCCGCUCGGUUUGAAUUUGUAAAAACCACAAACAUGUACAUGUAUAGGGUAACAGGACGUAAAACACUAGUUCAAGGAUAAAGAGUUUCAGCCAGGGCCAGCAGGGCCUUCUUCUUGUAUCGACCAGAUUAUCCCCGUGUAGUAAACCGAACGCAAGACCGUUCAGCAUGUGCUCGCCCUCUCUCGUUUAUUAAUGUCCAAGGACUAUAGUAAUAUACCAGGCACGAAAUGGGACAGAGGGGUACCCCCAACAAGUCCAAUUCCUAUACACACUCCAGCCUAUUGUCACACCCCCAGGUGUCUGAAAAGAAUUCCUAAGUUACCAAUAUAGCAAUGACCAACCAAAGGCGGGGGGGGGAGCUCUCUCUGUCCAAUAGUUUGCUUCAUAUGUAGGAUUAGAUCAGACCGAGGUUCACCCACUGGCUACCACAUAGUGCCGCGUACAGCCCUUUGUCCGAAAGAUUAUCCCCCAUUACCUGGCGCCGCGCAUAGGGUGUGCCACAGGAAAUAAAUUCCUAUAGACAGCAGUGAUAAAUCGACAUACUUCACAAAUAUAUAAAAAAA